AUGGAUAUCGAAAAGUCCAAGCUGGAACGAAGAGGAAGCGAUGUGAUUACAUCAAUUGACUUGGAAAGUGAAUCUAUUGUCGAUCCUGCUCUGGACAAGGCCCUCCGAUGGCAGAUUGAUCUCAGGUUGAUACCCCUGCUCUGUAUCACCUAUGCUCUUCAAUCGAUCGAUAAGACGACGUUGAGCUAUGCUGCAGUUUUCGGUAUCAGGGAGUCGCUCGAGCUGGUCGGCACCCAAUUCUCGUGGGCGAGCUCCGUUUUCUACCUGGGGUACUUGGUCUGGGAAUAUCCAACCAACCUCCUCCUCCAAAAGCUCCCCGUCAACACCUUUUUGUCGGUAACUGUUAUCCUUUGGGGUGGCAUCCUCAUGUGCCAUGCCGCGGUGCAUUCCUUCGCCGGACUUAUGGCAGUGCGCACAUUCCUGGGAGUGUUUGAAGCCUCAAUGAAUCCAGCGACCAUGAUCAUCUUUUCAAUGUACUACACAAGGCAGGAGCAGCCACUACGCAUGGGUCUCUGGAUCGGCUCAGCAGGCAUUGGAUACAUUAUCGCAGGCAUUUCAACCUUCGGAAUUGGCCACAUUAACUCCUCCUUGGAGACUUGGAGGGUGAUGUUUCUCAUCUGGGGUGCCGUUACCGUAGCCUGGGGUGUAGUCCUUUUCUUCACACUCCCAGGAUCCCCGGCAACCAGCAGGUUCUGGACCCCACAACAAAGGACAGGUGUCCUUGAUCGCAUCAAAGACAAUGGCACUGGUAUCGAAGAUAAGAAUUUUAAAUUCGAGCAAUUCAAAGAGACCAUGUUUGAUCUCAAGACCUGGUUGUUAUUCCUGUUUGCAGUCUCUUCUAAUUCUCCCAAUGGAGGCCUGACAGCUUUUCAAGGUCUUAUCAUCAAAGGGUUGGGAUUCUCGAACUUGCGCACGACUUUGAUCCAGAUGCCGUCAGGAGGUGUGCAAUUUGUUUUUUGCAUAGUUGCUUGUUACGUAGUCUCACAAUUCCAAAAUGCCCGACUCGUCGUCAUGCUGAGCUGUCUUGUUCCAUUCUUAGCAGGAGUGCUCGGAUUGUGGCUGAUCGACUCAAGCAUCCCAUACGGGAGACUUGCCUGUCUAUGGAUUGCUUUCGCCUACACCGCUACCUGGACAUUAUCAAUGUCUGUAGCCACGGCAAACACGGCAGGACACACGAAAAAGGUUACCACAAAUGCUGUUCUCCUCAUCGGCUAUUGCCUGGGAAAUUUCAUCGGACCUUUCUUCUUCAAAACCAAUCAAGCACCUAGAUACAACCUUGGGACUGGCAUGAUGUUAUUCUGUGUUGGCUUCCAGGUGCUGUGUAUCUCUGCGUUAUGGUUGCUGUUCAUCUACCGGAACCGGAGUAAGGAAGAGCCCCAGACAGACUCUGACAGACGAACCGCUCGAGCAAACGGCUUCCUCGAUGUUACUGACAGGAACAACCCCUAUUUCAAGGACUAA